CGCAGUGAUAGCAAGGACUCCAAAUCGAGCACCGAGUGAAUCGAUCCGGAUCCUUCAUCACGAUGGCGGAUAAACAGAAAAGUGUGAAAAUCGCUGCUGGAGCUGUAGUUUGUGUUGAGAGUGAAAUUCGAGGAGACGUCACCAUAGGUCCGAGGACAGUCGUCCACCCUAAAGCUCGCAUCAUUGCAGAGGCGGGACCCAUCGUGAUCGGAGAGGGCAACCUGAUCGAGGAGCAGGCUCUGAUCAUCAACGGAUAUCCAGAGAACAUCACGCCGGACUCUGAGGUGGAACCGAAGACGAUGACGGUCGGCAUGAAUAACGUGUUUGAAGUUGGCUGUGUGUCACAAGCUCUGAAAAUCGGGGACAACAAUGUGAUUGAGUCUAAAGCUGACGUCGGCAGGAACGUGAUCCUCACCAGCGGCUGCAUCAUCGGAGCCUUCUGUCAGGUCAACACCUGUGAAGUCAUACCUGAGAACACGGUCAUCUACGGCUCCGGCUGCAUGAGGCGGGUUCAGACGGAGAGACCACAGGUACGGACACACAGAGGUGGAGGUUUGACUCUGUGAUAACUGGCGGCUGGA